AUGGAUGAUUUUUUUUUUCAUAAAUAUGUAUAUAAACGCUUUACUGGCUUUAUUUUCAUAUUAGAUAUAACAACGAAUCCAGAAUUUAAUCAAACAACUGUGAUUGAAGACUACGUUUCCCGAUUGGCAAAUAUUGAUAUUUUCAUACACUUGUAUCGAUCAAAACGAGUAGGUCUUGCACAUAAAUUGCGUCAAAUUACGUUCAAUCCUGAUCGAUAUAUAAUUGCACAAGGAGAACAAGUCAAUUUCUUUUUCAUAAUUACUAGCGGGCAGGUUGUGGUCUCAAAAAAAUCAUCAUCAGAUCAAGAAGUUGUAUUAAAAACAUUAGGUCAAGGUGAUUUUUUCGGUGCAUUACCAAUGUUUUUUAAUAUUCCGUCUCAUGUGGCAGUGAAAGCCAGAGAUCCGGUUACAUGUAUGAUGAUGGAUCGACAAAGUUUUCAAGAAAUGGUUGCACCUGAACUUAAAUCAAUGGAACGCAUUGCACAAGCAUAA